CAGCAGGGGAAUUUUCCUUCCAUUGCCUUCGAAUGGCAGACACCUUCAGUCUGUACCCUCUAACCGACUCCUCGCACGCAAGUACCCAGCCGCGACCCACCUGCUCCUCUCCCCGCCGCGCCGCCGCCCCGCCUCUCCCGCUUCCGGCGGCCACCGCGCCCAUUGUGACCGCGCGGGGCACGGAGCAACCGGGCUGGUCUAGGGCCCUUCCCCUUCGGAGCGCCACCAAGAAGCAGAGGGGGCGGCGGGGGCGCCAGCUUUCUUGGAUCGACUGCUCCCGAGCUGACGAAGCAGAGGAUUACUCGUCCCGUGCGGCAGCCAUGUCUGUGGAGCUCAUCAUGUGGCUUUUCUCCUUCGCCUCCGUCAUGGUCCUCAUCGGCCUCACCGCGUACCAGCUUAUCUGUUUGUCUGAUUUGGAGUAUGACUAUAUCAACCCAUAUGAUUCAUCAUCUCGCAUCAAUGCGGUGGUCCUUAUAGAAUACUUACUUCAAGCAGCCCUGUGUGCUUCUUUCCUCUUGACGCUACAUUGGUUCCCCUUUCUAGUCAUGGCACCUGUAACUUACUACCAUGUGAAACUGUUCAUGGCUCGGAAACAUCUGGUAGAUGUCACUGAAAUUUUUAGACAAUUAAAUGGCGAGAAGAAGUACAGGAUGAUCAAGCUUGCCUUCUACUUCUGCCUAUUUAUUAUUACUAUUUACAGGCUUGUGAUGUCAGCUGUGAUGCUGUUUAUCGACGAGGAUGUAUAUCUGGUAGAAACUAGGACUAUCUAGACUUUGCCUCCAACUUGUCUGUGCAUGACUGAUGAUAAAGUGUAGUGUUCAUUUACAUGAUGCAGUAAUUUGUAUGCCCUGCGACCUCGAUAUCAAGAUGAAUUGAAUCUUAUCCCUCCGUGUACAGUUUCCUAUGGCAAGAUUUUGUUUGGUCAUGGAAAAGCUAUUGGCCAAGAGGUCACAAGUCAAGCCAUGUAUAUGUUAUAUUGUA